GGGAGGAGUACGCGAAGCUAGCUCAUGGGUUACUGCGCAAGUACCCGCAGUUUGCAGACAAAGACGGGGACACUGAAGGGUGUGAACUUUCCUAGAGGACGCGCAUAACCGAACGCUUCAGUACCCUUAGACAGCUCAGGUUGAGGCAACAGCGCGUGCUUGGCAUGACGGACACCCUUAUCAUGCAAGCAGCGAAGAAGAUGCAGGGCUACAGAGAGAACAGACUUCAGCGAUUUGGACGCUGACAUCAAUGAGGACGAUCCUCCACCGAAUGCCAACGAGGCGACGCGUCGGGCGAUACGACGAAAACGAAUGCGCACGUAUACCGAGUUGAUCGCAGGCAACCCGGCGAUUGCCGAUGAACACGACGGGGACCGGCUGCUACAGAUGGCCCAGCUGGUCAACAGUGGUAGUUUUGACCUCGGUCAGCUGUCAACCCUGAUGGAGGAGACCUAUCCAGCAAGAUGCAAAUGGAUUAUCCAGGAGGGACCCCUAUGGAGUGCUGUGCAGGAACGCUAUCCUGCGCUGAAGUCAGCAAAGUUUGUUCGUGAAGAAUUCAAGCGGGUAAUCCCAUCGAGUGAUAAGCUGGAAGUAUAUCUAACAGAGCAAGUGAAGACCAACAUUGUUCAAAGGGUCAACAGCGUGGCUGCUGAUACAGCAGUGGAGCUCCUGCUGGAUAAACUGCAAUGCGCUUGUUCGUAUUCAGGUGAUGAUCUCAGCACCACAAUAUGUAUUGCGGCCUUGCCGGUCAUGAUGAAGGAGUGCAUGCGGCACUGGGUUUCAGAGGAUGAUGGGACGAAGACUAACAACCCUUACGUGCGAGUAUUAACUUCAAAGGGGAAAUAUGGCGAGGGAGCUGAGUACGUACCCAUGGUGGAGGGUGUGCGAGCAGUGACGGACCAAAACCUUUCCAUUCGUGAAUGUUUUAUUCUCCUGGCCCAAAUCAUCCACAUCCUUGCCUUAGCAUAUCCAAAGCAAACUUUCAAGUCGUGGAAGCUGCUAAGCGAGGUAUACCUGAACAUUCAGGAGGACAGGAGAUUGGUAAAGAAAGGCAAACCUUCUUUGAAAUAUGAAUUGGAGAGGCAGUCCUUUGUAGCUUAUGCGAACGGUGCAGACACACCUUGACCUGUCUUUGUCUGAUAGGAACAUUGUACGUUCAUCGUAGGAUGCAGGCAUGCCCAGUUUGCUCGCCCACAUGUGUGACAUGGCUACAUCCUCUGAUGAAAGCACAAUGAUCCUAGUAGUAAUGUGUACAUAUGUAUUUUUUAGGUAUUUAUUGAAUAGAUUUUUCUCUGUUGUAAUUUAAAAUAUAUUGCACAGUUAAUAUGUAUCUUAGUUCAGUUCGUUUUCUAGGGUGCAUUAAUCUUUUACCUAUUUUCCUCUGUAGUUGUAACUCAAAAGAUAUUGUAUACUUAAAUGGAUCUCAGUUCAGUUAGUUUUCUGGGAUACAUUAAUGUGCCAGCUGUCGUUAACAUUACCUACUUUGUAAGCACUUGUUUCUAUUGCAAUAAUAAUAUGGACGUGCUCCACGCAUUCCUUUGGGUGUUCCUUGUCCGAAAUAUCGGAUGUUAACCUUACGCACGCACUAAAAAAUAACGAGCAGAAUGCUGAGUAAUUGCCUCUCAUAACCACGGUAAUUUACCGCGUGACAGAUAGGGUACUGACCAUGCACGCACCAUGAAAAAACACAAGCUGUAUGCUGAAUAAUUACCACUCAUAACCGCUGGUACAAACCAUGAACAGAGUUGCAUUUCGAACGUGUAUCUCCAUGGUAAUUUCCCGCACUAAAGAUCGGAUACUGACC